CCAGCUCCAGCCUUCAAAGCUCUCUGCCUGCUCCUCGCACUCGACCUACGACAACACCAUCCUACAGCCAUCCAUCUUCACAACAACAUCAUCCUCCUGCCACGAAACAAGACUUUACCGGCCAUCUGCUGCGCGAGUAAAUUACGACCCGUUUGAGCGUUUCCGAAGCCCUUCGAACUGAGGUCAUCUUCCGCCUUGCCUUCUCUCCGCCCACCACAAACGGGCUUUGCCAGUGCGACCAAGCCAAAGCCCGACACAUUCUAGCCCUCCUCCUCCCUCACGAUCGUGACCGAUCUUAGUUUGGAUAGACCUUUAUCAUUUGCUCCCCCGUAGCCGGCACGAUGAUGGCGGGUUGGUUCGCAUCGUCAUCUCAAAUUGACCAGCAGGUGGAGGAGGCAACAAAGGAUUCACUGGAGAACAUUGCCCUCAAUCUUGAGAUUUCCGAUGUCAUCAGAUCCAAGACAGUUGUGUCCAAGGAGGCGAUGCGCUCUCUGAAGAGACGCAUAGGCAACAAGAAUCCCAACAUACAGCUCAGUGCUCUGAAUCUCACGGAUACCUGUGUAAAAAAUGGAGGGUCCCAUUUUCUCGUCGAGAUCGCUUCACGCGAGUUUAUGGACAACCUUGUAUCACUACUCAAGGCUUACGGUGGGGCUGCAGUGAAUGAAGAUGUCAAGGCGAAGAUCUUAGAGCUGAUCCAGACUUGGGCCACUGCAUCAGAAGGACAAUACGAGCUAUCAUACAUUGGUGAGACAUACAGAAGUCUACAAAGAGACGGAUUCCACUUUCCACCAAAGGUCGAAAUCUCCAAAAGCAUGCUAGUCAGCAGCGCUCCGCCUGAAUGGACUGACUCAGACGUUUGUAUGCGGUGCAGAACUGCCUUCAGCUUCACAAACCGAAAGCAUCAUUGCCGAAACUGUGGGAAUGUUUUUGACCAGCAGUGUUCUAGCAAAGUUCUUCCCCUGCCACAUCUAGGAAUAGUCCAGCCAGUCCGAGUAGAUGAUGGGUGUUACAUCAAAUUGACGGACAAAUCCUCAAAGGGCGGCACAUUCUCCACUGAACGCUCUCCUACCCAUAAACAACAUCGACCACAUAGCUCUAUGCAACCUCGAAGUGCGCGUGUGGAUGACGGUUUUGACGAGGAUUUGAAGAGAGCCUUGGCAAUGAGCUUGGAAGAAGUGAAUGGGCAUGCUGGGUCCGGAUACGUUCCACAAUCAAAACAACAGCCAUCAGCUGCGCCAGCAAUCACCAAUGGCACUUCUAAAGUGUCAACUAAACCGGCAGAGGAAGAAGACGAUGACCUCAAAGCUGCAAUCGCUGCGUCUCUAGCAGACAUGGAAGAACAGAAGAAGAGACACGCAGCCACUAUCAAAGAGCAAGCUGCGAAUAGUGAUACUAAAGCAUCAGGUCCAAUUGUAUUGCCAAAGAACGACUAUGAACUAACGCCUGUUGAGGCAGAAAACAUCAAUUUGUUUUCCACGUUGGUUGACAGGUUACAGACCCAGCCUCCAGGAACCAUUCUCAGAGAACCACAAAUCCAAGAACUUUAUGAAAGCAUUGGAAAGCUCCGACCGAAGCUCGCGCGAACCUAUGGAGAAACAAUGAGCAAACACGAUGCCUUACUCGAUCUUCAUGCUAAACUAUCAACGGUUGUCCGAUAUUAUGACCGAAUGUUGGAGGAGCGCUUAUCAAACACAUAUAACCAGCACAGUCUUGGUGGUUAUAACCUUCCUCCCCAAAGACCAACUUCAACCAUGUACCCUUCUAUCGCUGCCAAUACGGCAGGCCCAACGACUGCAGCUGAAAGCUUUUACACUGGAUCUGCCCAACAAGAACCCUACGGAAGGCCUCAAUCCACCUACUCAUACGGCGCCCAACAACAACCAUACCAGCAGCAACAUCAUCCACAAUAUGACAAGCUCGAAUCUGUUGCCAGUCCCGGAUAUCGAAACCCCGAACAACGCGUCGAGAAUUACAAUCAAUAUCCUCCCCAAGCGCAGGCUCAGAUUCGUCCGACUUGGAAGCCCCAAGAAACACCGGCAACUCCGUAUGCCGUACCGACACAGACGUAUCCCCCAGGCCCCCUCACGCAGCACUCACAGUCCCCUCCACAACCAUUGCCGACCACGAACUCGCUAUCUCAAGCGCCAAACAGCUACGUGCCUUCAGAUCCAGCUGCAACUCCACUCGCUGACCCAAGUCCCUCUUUCUAUUAUGGCUCGGCACAAGUACCCCCUCAACAAUCUGCUCCAGAUCAGACCCAAUCACAACAUCCUCCGGGUCACCAGUCCCCACAGCAGUAUCACAACACAGCUCCACAACCCGGAUCGCCCGUCCAAUCUGUCCAUCCAGUUCAGAACACGCAAGAGCAAUUCGCAUCACCUCAACAACACGCAGCGCCUCCACGCCAAUAUGCUCCGCCUCAACAGCAGCAGCAGAUUCCACCCUGGCAAACGCAGCAACAGACAUUAUUGCCACAGCCAUGGCAAAAUCCUGGAGCUACGUACAAUGGUUAUACACAAGAGUCUUUCCCUGUAGCACCUCAGCAUUCCUUGCAACCGAAAGUGGUGGAGGAGAGUCUGAUUGAACUUUGAUACAAUAGCAUACAAGCGCGGCGUUUGGGGAAUUGUCGAAAUUGUAAUCUUACAACUUCUUGAAUGAAGAGGCAGGUCUAGCGGUGAUUUCUCACCUAGGAUGAGUCUAGGAGGAAUGAUCUUCGAUCAACUUUGCUUUAGUCCUUUAUACGACCAUCAAAGAAUGAAAUUUGACUAUUUUGUCACUCUUGCC